AUGUUUACCAUUAACGGGCACGUGAUGGGUAUAACACUCGAAGAUGUGCUAUACAUUUUACGUUUACCUAUUAAUGGUGAGCUUGUCCUUGUGGGAGAGAAUUCCCAUUUAAGUUACAUAAAAAUUUUCGGGGAGGACCCAAAAAAGGUCAAGAUAUCCAACUUGAACCGUAUUAUCUACAAUUCUAACGAGAAUAAGGAAAUGAGGAUGAUAGCUCUGUUGCUCAUCAUUAUUUGGCAUUUGGUUUUGCCAACUAAAAAUGGUGAUGGCAUCUACCCUAGCCUUACCUCACUCUUAGAAAACCCCUACAACACUUCUUCAAUUCAUGCUUGGGGGGCUGCUGUUCUUGCUUUCCUUCAUGGUAGAAAAAAGAAAAAUAAGGAGGGUGGCAACUUAUGGCUAGUCUUGGCUUUUUUUCUCGUCCGAAUUCCAAAAUUAUGGACGAUCCUAGGGGUUGAGAUUACAAGGGAGGAGCUCGAGGAGCUUGCUCGAGUGGAUUAUCCAUUGAAAUGGAUAAUGACUCUUUUGGAGAAAGUAUCAAAGAAUACAAGGGUCAAUUACAAAGUGGCUCUGAGGAAUGCUCUUGAAAGCCUUGAGGAUAAGGAUAUUCAUUGGAGGCCGUACAUGACGUGGGAAUUACCCGGUGACCUCCAGUUCAAUAUCGAUUGGGUUAGACGGAUCAGUCCCAUUUUUGCCAACAACUAUGUGGUGCAUCAUGCACCACAUUCGCUUGCAAAACAAUUUGGUUUGGCAAACAACGUCAAAUAUACACUGUAUCACAUCGGAAUGAAGGAUAAUCGGGGAUCAAAAUCCCACAAUUGGACUAAAAAAUAUGAAAUUCAUAUCGCGAAGUGGAUGAACCCAUUAUUUUUGGGAGAUCCACCAGCAGUCCACAGAGAGACCUCCCCCAGUGGAGAAGAAAUCCAGCACUCCCCCCCUUGCAGCUCUCCCCCGGCAGCGAAGAUCCCCCCUCCUCCAGCUGAAAAGAUCCCUCGAGCAAAAUAUCAAAAGUUGCGGGGGAAUAACCUGCCGGCCAAGAAAUAUGCGUCUUUGAGCAAAAGAAAGGGCGUGGCCCAAGAUCCUCAUGCUGCCCAUCAAGAAACUGGUCCUGACCCUCCAGAAUCAUUUGAGCCAAUAACAGAUCUUCAUCUUCCCGAGGGUGGCAACUUAUGGCUAGUCUUGGCUUUUUUUCUCGUCCGAAUUCUAAAAUUAUGUACGAUCCUAGGGGUUGAGAUUACAAGGGAGGAGCUCGAGGGGAUUAUCCAUUGA